ACCAAAUAAACCAAUAGCCAAAAAAAAAAAAAAAAAAAAAAAAAAAAACCGAAAAAAGGGGGGAGAAGAGGGGGGGGGGGGGGGGGGGGGGGGGGGGGGGGGGGGGGGGGGGGGGGGGGGGGAAGGGAGGAGUGGAGAGUGGGGUACAAUGGCUGCUUGUCAGUCGUAGCUGGAAAAAGCACGUUUGGGGGUGGGCAUACCAUUUACUUCUCAUGAGGCGGGAAAGUCAAGAGAUGGAGUCUUUGACUGAUGGUGGAGGUGAGGGUGGAUGGAGUGAAGGCACUCGUGAGACUGUUCAGGGAAGUCUGGAAAACGGGCAAGGAUCAAUGGGUCAACCUUCUGAUCAUCUUGUGGUGGGUGCACCUGUCAGUGAGGAUCGUGGAGAGGAUGGAGGAGUACUUGGGAAUGAUGUGCAAGCAGAGGGUAGUGAUAAAGUAAACAAGGAGGAAGCGGACAGAGUGGUUGAGGAUGAAGAAGAUGAAGAAGAGAUGGCUGACCUGGUGUUGUUUCAAGUGAAAGAGUGUUAUGUCUACAAGAUCCCACCGCGAAAGUCCAACCUAUCCUACCGUGCUGAUGAAUGGGACAUCAAUAACUGGACGUGGCAGGGGGCUCUGCGUGUUGUUUCCAAGGGUACCUCAUGUUCCAUAAGGUUGGAAGACCCUAACUCCGGAGAGUUGUUCGCACAGUCGCCCAUACGGGUGAAUGAGCCCCUUCCUCUGGAAGCAGUCGUUGAUAGCAGUCGCUUCUUUGUUCUAAGGGUAGAAGACUCCUCUGGUCCUCAUGUUCGGCAUGCUUUCGUGGGAGUGGGAUUCCGGGAACGGACCCAAGCUUACGACUUCAAUGCUGCCCUUCAAGAUCAUCUCAAGUAUGUUCAUAGAAAGAGGGAAGCAGAAGAGGCAGCCAAGGAAUACAGAGGCAAGACGUCAACAGAUUACAGUCUGAAAGAAGGGCAGACACUUCGACUUCAAAUUCGGACAUCUACAUCUGCUCGUUCUUAUCCCAAGCAAAACUCCCCCUUAUUGGCUGACCGUUCGUCCGGGAAGAGAUUGUCGGCGACCAGCGGGGGUACACUUUUUGCCGACCCCCAGGUGGGCAAUUCGCAUGAGACAGGGUGUGAUUUCUCGAGCUCUAGUGCUGGUGCUGGUGCUCCUAGUCCAUCGCUUCCUCCGCCCGCUCAACCUGGGGAAACAGCUGACCGAUCUUCCACAGAAGAUGCCAGUCCUCGGGUAAGUACAGCAUCGGCAGCACUUCCUGCGACUGUGAUCCGUGCAAUCGUCCCUCCACCGCCUCCUCCUGCAGGGUUUGCCAACUUUGCACUCAUGCAAAAAGAUGAGUCCAAUUCAGAUGUGUGCUUUCCAGAUUUUCCAUCGGAACCUGUCAUCUCUGACGUCAGGCCAGAUGAGGAGGAUUUUGGAGAGUUCCAUGCUUCGGGAAGCUCAGGAAAUGACAAGCCUUCAAGCAACGACAAUAGUGUCUGAGUUUUUUUAUGAGGCACUGCUGAUAGCAAUUGUGAGA